GAUUUUUCAGUUUCUUUUUCUCCUUUAUUUUUCAACAUAAGGUCAGGAGAAAUUGUUCAUCGAAUCUCUCUUUGGGACUCUUUGGUAGCUCGCGAUUAUCAAUUCAAUGGUUUGACAAGCUUGUAGCAGAUCGAAGUCAUUUAUGAUAUAUAACAUUUUGGAAGUGAAUUUUUUGAACCAUGGGAAGGAACUUGCGAGAAAAACAGCCUAGGGAUGCAACAGGGAAUGAGCGUCCAGGGACUCCAGGGUGUGUAUGGGGCAUGCUACAUGUCAUGAAGUAUCACCACUGGCAUUAUGUCAAGAAAAGACUUAUGUACAAGAAGCGUGGCAAUAAUAAAAAUGGUGCAGGAGUUGGAAAUCAUGGGAAUUGUGGAAAUGCAUGUAGUCUUCAGAAUAUACAAGACAAUGAUGCUAAGAUGGACAAAACUACUCCUGCCGAAGAAAUGAUAAAUCCGUUGAGUCCAACAUCCAAAGCUUCUGUUAAGGCCCGAAUAAAAGCACGAAUUGCUGAAGAAAUGGCUAAGAAGAGGGGCAGAUAUAACCGGACUUCCAGCUGUCCUGUACGAUCACGAUUGACACGAACAGAAUCGAUACAUCAUUUCGAACCACCUUCAAAUAUGGAUCCAAUUGCUGAAAUGGUAUUGAAUGAGGCAAGUCCUCGACCUGUUGCUCACAAAAACAAGGAAAGCUCUUCUUCUGAAGAACCAAGUACUAGUGUCGACAACAAUUGUGCAGAGAGCAGUCCAAUGAGUGUUACUGGAGAUCCCACAGUGGAUCAUGUCCCGGUUAAUGAGAACCAAAAGGAUGAGCCACUUAGUCAAGAACAGCUAGACAAUGACACAGUACAAGAUAUGUUAGAGAAGAAGUUGAUACAUGUUAAAGAACUUGACGCAGAUUCUUCGGUCCAUCAAAAGGAGUAUCUAGAGGCUUUGGAUAUAAUUAAUGUAAACAAAGAGUUACUAGUGAAAAUUUUACAUGAUCCGGGUUCUCCUCUAGUUCAGCACUUCCAGAAUCAACAAGCAGUCAGCGCAAAAACGAGUUUAACCAAGGCAGAGUCAUUUCCUAUGCCUGGUUCAUCAGGCAAAGGAGGUUCUGAACCUACUAAGCUCAAACCCAAGCAUGAGCCAAAAGAUGGUAGUCCAGCUCGAAAACCUACAUGGUCUACUUCAUUGAAAUAUGCUGGGGAACGGCCAAUGCCAUCGAUUACUGAUCAGAAUAUGGAGAGUUCAUCUUCCCCUUCUCAACCCAGUUUGAUGAGUCAAGGUGAGAAUCCGGUGGCAAUUAAGCGUUUCAAGGAUCUUAGACAAAAAAUAAAGCACGUGAUUAAGGAGAGUAAACAAGAGAGACAUGUGAUUUCCAUGGAGGCCAUCCUUCACAAGAUUCCUCAUGGAAAAAAGCUCACUAAAGAACUAGAGCAGGAGAUUGUUAGCCAUUCGAAGGACCCUGCAUUGCAUAGAGAAGGUAAAGAUAGUCCAAGUAGUUAUGGAAGUGAUCAUUCAGUUUCUCCCCUAAAGAAAAAAAUGCCCAACAUGAGAAGAACAUCAUCUUUCGAUGCAUCACUUGAUAGGUACCGCAGGUUGUAUGAGACGACUAGUUUCAAGAAAGAGGACAAAUGCCAGCCAUCAUCUGAGAGAUUGAAAGUUAGAGUAGAAGAUUCAGGCUCACCAUUCCAGAGCUCACCUUUCCGAAAAGCUCCCAAAAGUCUGGGAAGAAUUUACUCCUUACCUGAUAUGGAAUCAUACUAUCAGAAUGAGGAAUCUCCAGAUGGUUUUCCUCCUCCAUCGCUAUUUAAGACCGGUGUGGAUGGAAAUGCAAGCACAAAAAGCAGAUUUAGUGAACAAAAGAGGGAGCUUUCUGUAGGUUCAGAAAAUGAGUUGCAGUUAGAUUUUCCUAUAGAAAGUGAAGUCCGAGCAAACUUGGAUGAUGCUACUGAAACUAAUGCAGUUACUAGAGAUAAGGUGGAAUCUACAUCAGUUGUGCACGAUGAGACAAGUUCUAAGGUGUCAAAUGAUGAAUUUGAUAAAUUGGCAACAGGGGACAGUAUUUCUCAUAAAGAACAAGAUACUAAAACUAAUGCAGUUACUAGAGAUAAGGUGGAAUCUACAUCAGUUGCGCAUGAUGAGACAAGUUCUAAGGUGUCAAAAGAUGAAUUUGAAAAAAUAACAACAGGGGACAGUGUUUCUCAUACAGAACAAGAUACUGAGCCUCAUUUAGAAGCCAUUACCAGUGUUUCAGAUCCCUUACCCAUGUACGUGCCUAACAUCAAUGCUCUACAAGAUAUAUCCAGCCCGAGAAAAUGUUCCCAGUCUGAAGGAGAAGAAUUGGAAUUAAAGCAUGAAGAUGGACCAGAUAACUUGGACAACAAGCAAGGGAAGGAGCCUGAUAUUGAUACCACUAAUGUAGUUAGCAGUGGAUUGGAUACUGAGGAAGUAGAAACUCCUACAAGACACUCGUGUUAUGACUUGAGUCAUGUUCAAGUUGAUGAAAGAGAUAUGGCCGAGUUUAAUUAUGUGAGAGAUGUGUUGGAGUUUUCUGGAUUCAGAGGAAACGAGUGCCUUGGGACUUGGCAUGCUGAUGAUCCGCCAGUCUAUCCUUUGCUAUAUGAGGGCGCAGAAGGCUGCUUCGUUCUUGAUCCUGAUUGUGCAGGAAAUGAAGAAGAUGGUGAAUGUGAUCACUUGCUCUUGUUUGAUCUAAUCAAUGAAGUGUUGAUGGAGAUUUAUGGGAGGUCAUACAACUACUGUCCAACGGCCCUGUCUUCGCUAUGUUACAUUCGUCUAAUGCCAGCAGGACACCAUGUUCUGAAGGAAGUGUGGGCCCUUAUAAGCUGGUACUUGAGCUUGAGACCGGCCGUUGAUCAAUCAUUAGAUUAUAUUGUGAGUAACGAUCUAGCAAAGAAUGAUGGUUGGAUGAACCUCCAAUUUGAUUCUGAAUGUAUAGGGAUUGAAUUGGAGGACCUAAUUUUUGAUGAACUUUUAGAGGAAGCUCUCUGGGACUGAGCUUGUGGAUACAUCAAAUUAAUUCCUAAG